AUGUUCCAUCUCGGAGCCCUCGGAGUCCUCGGAGCCCUCGCAGCCGUGCUUUCGGUGCACACCGCGCACGCGUGUGAGGGUUCGGAGGGCUGCAAGGCUGUGACAGGUGCAGGUCUCCUGCAGCACGGCUCCGUGCGUUUUUCCAUCGGCCACCCUGACCAUGAAGGCUGCAAGAAGUUCAUACGGACCUGCCUCGGCGAUACUGACACCGUAGAGGAGGAGCAGAAGUUUUACGAGGCCAACUGGACCGCAUGGAAAGUGGGCUUCGGAACUUGCUGUUCCGCGAAGUACUCCGAUGACCUUUGUGGAUCGAUGGGCGAGACGCUUUUCGACUUCCUCGGAGGCACUGUCGCCGGCGGCGAUGCGGUUCGAGAUGCACCCGAACCUGAGAUGGGCGAAUUCUGCACAGAGCUUGGCCAUCUUCUUAAGACUCACUUCGACCACACCGCACUGGAGGGCACCUCGUUGGCCCUCCAGCAGGUCCUUGGCCAGGCCAAGAGCAAGAGUCUCAAGAGCUUGGGUUUGCAUCAAAAAGCAGAGGUCCAUUCCAAUGCUGCCUCUGGCACGGAGGCAGUGAAGCGUCGCGUUGGGCAGUGCCGUGAGGACCAGGUUUGCUGGGAGCAGGUGUCCAACAUGCAGGGCUUCUUCCUGGAGCUGGAAAGCACUGGGGGCACUGGAGAGUGCUUCCCCGCUGGUUCUCUUGUGGCAGAGGCAGGGGGCAAAUUCAUUGAGGUGGAGAAGCUGCAAAGGGGUAUGGCGCUAUGGUCGCCGAAAUUUUUCGAAGAAGGCGCUUCCCUGCAGUCCAAGGACUUCCUAGCGGACUGUCAUAUGUUCGAUGGCUUCCCGGACAACAUCAUUCGGGAGUACGUGGAAAUCUCCCAUGAGGUUUCCGAGAAGACAGGGAGGCCACUGAUGAUGUCCAGCUUCCACCUGAUCUUUCUCCUACCAGCCGGCAAGACGACCUGGCAGCUUGCGCGUGCCCAGGAGGUGCGGGUGGGAGACACUCUUUUGGCCCUGAGCCAGAGCCUUUCGGAGGAGUCCCCUGGCCUCGAGCAGACGCAGCUCAGUCGAGUGACUGGCUUGAGGAAGGUCAUGGCCAGGGGUGCUUUUGCACCCCUCACAACCUCGGGCCGGCUCUUUGUGGAAGGCGUGGCCGUUUCUUCUAUGGCCAUCAGCGGCGAUGCAGUCGUGCGCUUCUACGAGAGCCGCGACCCCGAAUCCCGAUUGUCCUGGGCGGAGGGGUUCUACGCGCUUAUGGUUGGCCCAGCCACUGUGUUGCACUCCUUGAACCUACCUUUCGGGUGGUACGUACGGGCCCAUCACUCCAUCGUCGCUGUGCACAGUGCUGCCAUGGACUUCAUCAGCUUCCUCCGGUGA